AUGUCGAUGGUGCGAUGGAGAGGAGAGAGAGAGAGAGAGAGAGACCCAGACCUGGACAAGCCAGAUUGGGGGACAAGUGAAUCGGAGGGAGAAAACGCCAGGAGAUCACCAAAGCUGGAAGGGGAGGCAAGGCCAUGUGAAAGACCAUCGGCCAACACACCCGCACCACCAGCUGGAGACAACACCAUGACCGAGGGCGCGGACCAGGAGAUUGCCAACAACGAGAUCAAGAACAAGGAUUGGGAGAAGCUGGGAAGAAAAGGGGAAGAAGACGAAGAACAUCGAGGACACCAACGAGCACCCACCGACACACCCCCACCACCCGACAACGAAUAUGAAGAAGUACAGGUGGAACCAGAAGGAGACGAACAUGGCAGCAUGAGCGGGAGUCUGGAAAGUGGUCACAAACGACUCCCACAGCCCGCAGUACCCCAACACCCAAGACGCGGACCAUGGUGGAGACUACAACACACACAACCAAUGCGUACCACUACCGCAACUACCACCUCGACUACCGCGUCGCCGGCCUCCACCUCUACUUUGCCAACAAUUGGAGGGACGACACAGCAGCAACCACGUUCACAACACCACCAGCCCUCGGGCAUGCAACAUGUACGAGAAUAUCCGGCGAGAUCGCUUCCUCCACCACAGAAGUCCAAGAAGAGAUCGAGGGAGCCAUUUGAAACACCAUGGGCACCUCGAACCACAAAGGAGGAUGAAUGGGGGGUCACAGAUUCAAGGAUACCGAGCACGCCCCGUCCCCGCAAAGGCACGCCCCGUCCCCGCAAAGCACAAGAUCGACGCAACGACCGACCCCCACUGCCGAGGAAGAGGAGAUAUGAGCAAAGUAUGGGGGUAGAGACAACCACAGCUACUGCCACCGCAGCUUCUUCAUCCACUACAAGCAGGGAGAACCUCACGAGUCAGAUCAAGAGAGUGGCGACCCACCCAUGGUCACGACCGACGAGAAGCUGA